GGUCGUAUAAACAUCCGACCCGCAAUGGCGGACUUGUUCGCACGGUAUCGCGAGUUCGUGAAAGCGAAUCCCGCUCUAGCCUCCGAACUCGAGACCGUACUUCGCUGGAUCUCUUACUUCACGGCGGGUCGCUUUGGCAAGUCAGCUGUGGUUGCUGAGUUCCUUUACUCCUCAUCCAGCUUGCUGACCCUACUCAAUGACCUCAUCCUACGACAUGCUGCCAACGUUCCCGUGCAUGUGGAUCGAGCUGUUGAACGGCUCCAAUCCUGCCUGGCUGUCGUCGAGUACGUCGAAGUGUUUGCCGAGCUGGCUGCCCUGCACCUGCGUGGGGACCUGGCUCGAUGGGUGGCGGUCGCCAUCGUCCAGACGCUCAAGGCAUGCCUUCGACUGGUGCUCCUUUUGUACCACAAGCAGGGGCUCCAGUGCAGCCCCAGUGUCGCUCCAUUCGACCGGAAACUUGCUCAAGGUGGCCCAGCUGCCACCCAGCCUUGCUACGAACUUCGACACAGUGGACGGCCACUGCGUACCUUAGCAGCAGCACCACCUAUGUCGAGGAGACAGUGGCGCCCCCCCUCAGCACCCCAGGGCACAUCUGGGACCAACGGCAGCCUAAAGCGCCUGCAAGGUGUCGAGCUGGCUGCAGAGGUGGCGCAUGUCGUGAGGCCGCUUGCACACUUAUCAGCUGUGGGUCUGUGUGGCCGCUCCUCUUGGACCCCAUGGUUGAUGGCGGCUGGUCUAGAUGUGGCUAGUUUGCAGGUUCUGUCGCGGACGCGUGCUUCCCUGCAGCCACGUGAGCGGCUGGAGUUGAGUCGUCGUCUUCUGCAGCUGACGCUCUAUGUAGUGCGAUCCCCAUUCUACGAGCGCAUCUCCCAACGCCGAAUAUUCUUGGCCCUCCAAGCACUCGGUGACUCCGUGCCCCUCCUUGGCUGGAUCACCAGGCCACUGGCUGACUACAUUCCGGAGUGGCAGAACACCUACUGCCACAAUUGGGCCUCCUAGGGCACUACCCUUGGACAUGCCUGACCUAACAAGAUAAGCAGCCUUGCCCAACAAGGCAGCCACUUACACUACUGUAUAUCGUUCUGUGAACGGAACUAUUGUAGGCUCACUGCAAGUGUAGCCCCACGUUCUAUCUGGUUUGCCUUCACGGAGCCACACGCUACAGCUUGGUGACAUGGUGAAGGAACAGCCAUUACCAGGGAUGUUUCAUUUGUGCUCGAGAUGACACAGCAGUUAUGUACUCCGCCGUUGCUGUCAUGCUGCUCUUGAUAAAGGUGCAACUCUUCACAUCAUCGUGGGAUAUGAAGAUAACAAGUAUUAGAUAGCAAUGUAUUUGAGCGACAUUUAUGAAGAUAACAAGUAUUAGAUAGCAAUGUAUUUGAGUGACUUAGCUGCACAAGACGUCGUAAUUUACGCCAUUGCGCGUGGUGCCGAAUGUAAUUGUGCCAGACGAUUUGUUUUUGAUGCAUUCAAUAUGAUGUUCAGUGAUGGUCCUUCAUGCUGCUAAUUUUAUUCGAAUUCUUUUCACGUCCAUGGGUUGAUUGCAGAUAGGCAGCACAACAAUGCCAGCAUGGUGCGUGCAGGACUGUGCGAAAUAUGACGAUGAGAGUGGUAACACUAUGGUGCCAUCUCUAUAGUGGUGCCAGCUUAGUUGUAUCGCCUGGUUAGUGAUGUCAGUAUGGUGUAGCAUAUGUUUUCUGAGCUCUUUGACUGCUGGUGUGCGCAUAGAUUUUUCAUUCAAACGAUUGUCGUUCUCUCUGCCAGCCUUUUUGACUGCAGGGCCAGCCACCAGCUGCUCCUAUUAAACAACUUCCACAAACCAGUUGUUUCGCAUCGUGAACUUGGGCUGUGAACUAGUAAGAAUCCUGUAUGAGAAGCAUAUUUGACUUGCGCUUUUAUGGGCAAGUUUGAGGUCUGUGUUUUGUCCUGGUCUGGUAAUUUUUCUGUAUAAAGUGUGAAAAAGCUUUAGCAAUUCUUUAUGCAAUGGCACAAGCUCUUCUAUGCAGAAGAGUCUCACUUGUUCUAUGCUGGAAGGUUAAUUCUCCAAAAGAACAUUUUGUGUGAAUUUAUUUCGGCAUACAAUGCAAUUCGCGUUUUUUUUCGUGUCUGUGUUCUGUCUGCAAAUUUAGGCACAAAGUGCUGUUGCUUUCAUGUUUUUAUUGACUUUAAUAAUACAUUUUGGUGGGACCAAUGAAGUUGGUCAAAUUUGCUUGCAGUUAAAGUGAAGAAAAGGUAGGCAAAAAGGAUUUCGUUGGCAGUGUAUUGCCCAUAUGUAAUAUGUUCCCGAUUCAAUUUCAUACUCUUGUUAUACAAGUUUAGAAGUAUGAAGCUGAUGAGAAAUUGAAUUACGUUAAAGCUCCUCAGCAGAGUUAAAAUAGAAUGCCCUCCCCAAUAUCGCAAAAUGAAAUGCGACCCUCUGGCAAAAAAAAAAAAAGAAGUGAAAUUGGCAGACUUUACCUUAGUGAAACAGAAAUUCGUCGCUUAAGUACUGCUGUCAGUCGGCACACCAUUGCUGUCUAUGGACAAUCACAACAUGUCAGUCAUACAUUCCUGACAUAUUUAAUAUUCAACAUUCGUUGAACAGUUGCAAAACUGAGCAUAGGCUUAUACAUUGACUAACUAUUCUGUUGAAGCUCAUUCUGUGAUGCACGUGAUGCUCAGAAAAGCCAGUGAUGUAUGAUAUAACUUGUGAAAUAACUUAUUUGCGAAUACACUAGCCAUUUGCAUGAAAAGAGCACCACAUGGUCAUUGCCAUGCCAUGCUCAUCUUCAUGCCAUCAGUGGUCAUCAUGUGACACAAUGGCAGUGUCAUUGACAUUGCAUGGCCAGACUGUAUCUGAUAGUAGGACGGUACAAACUCAUUUUUUUAAUGCAAAGCAGCUCUUUGACUAGCCCGUGUAACGCUGUUUCUCCGUCUGCACUGCGCUCCCCAGGCUGCAGGUGUUGUGGCGGUGCCAAGUAGGUCGCGCCUUUCCUCGCAGUGCGCGGGCGUUGACGUCACUCUCUCCUUGGCCUAUCGCCGCUCGCUGUGUGUCAUCACUCUCGCUUCACCCUCUCCACCGCUUGCAACGUUCGAGGACACAUCGAGUAGAAACACUCUUUUGGCUCGAUUACCUACCAUAAAACACGAAACCCAACCCGCCUCUCGUGCCUUUGCGUUUCAAAGAAAUGUUUACUCGAAAAAAGGUUACACCGAGUCUCGCUUUAAACCGUUCUUCCAGCUCCUGCGUCCACGUUCAUUUCAACCGGGUCAGCGACGUGCGCACUGCUGCUGCUUCGCAUCCCCUUAUGGUUCUCUUCUGGGAGAUGGCCCAUACAUUUUGCAUAUCUCAUUUCACUGUGCCAGGCAUUUCGAGACAAAGAUGAUCGUACAUUACCAUAAAAUUGCUUUAAAUAAUGCAAAUCUGCUAUACUUGUCAUUUUGUUGCUUCUGGAUUUCUUGCUUGGUCAUCUUGAAUUUGCUUUGUAGGUUGUCAUUUUUGAGACCCCUAUAAUUUUUAUCUAUGUGAGUUCAUAAUGGGCCCAAUGCGAUGUAUGCUUCAAGAAUGAGUGUAUAGAUGUUUUACUAAAUAAACUGGCAAAUAAAAAAGUUUGUCACUUUAUUACGCA